AUGAAAUUAACUGUAGUCAAAACAGAAACGAAUCUAAAUGAAGAAUUAGAUACUAACGCAUGCCACUGUAAUACUGGAUGCCACUUAUUUCGAGACACUGUGGAUGACUGCAAAUUUUUUCAAAAUCACAAAACUAAAUAUAUCUCAAUAGAUGAUUCUUCCUUCACAUAUUUUUGUGGAGUAAAGGAAGUAAGUUACGUUUUUGUUAACCAUUACUUUGUUAUUUAUUAUUAUUAUUCAUUAAGAUUUCUCUAUUUAAAUAUUUUGUCUGAUUUUUUUCUCUUUUCUCACCAAUUAAGUUUUUUUACUUAUAGUUAG